UCUUAAAAAGUGACAACCGGACUCUGGGUUAUAAUACUCCAAUGUACCUUUAAUUCGGUAUAGGAUGAACAUGUAUCUCUUUGUCCUCUUGAUUUUGCUUUCUCCAUUUCUUGUGAAGGGUGAUUGUCAUGGUAACCAACUUACGGCGGGAAAUGGCAUGAUACAAAAUGAAGGCUACCCUUAUAACUAUAGCAACAAUCUCAACUGCUCAUGGACCAUCCGUGCAUCCUCUAUGGAACAGGUCAUCCUCACCUUUUACACGAUCAUGGUGGACGACUGCGAAAACUGCGAAUGUGAUUAUGUUCAGAUAAGAGACGGUCCUGAAAUGUCAAGCCCAGUAAUUGGUAAAUACUGUGGAGAGAUCACGCAGCCAUUUUCUGUCAUAUCAUCAGGCAAUGCCAUAACUGUAGAGUUUAUGACGGAUGAAACCAGCGAAGGAGAAGCCUUGAAUGGAUUUACAGCAAACUACACAUCUAUACCUAUGUGUGGUGGGAACUUCACAACCAUGAACGGUACCAUCAUGUCCCCUGCUAUUAACAACAUGUACCCACACAACGCAGACUGUGUAUAUCAGAUCACUGUUCCUCCAAUGUACCAAGUCUUCUUCAAAGUAGAGAGGUUAAUCCUACAGGAUAAAGGAGAGGACAAUAUCUGCUCUGACUAUCUGCAGCUAAAGGAGACUGCGAGUGGUAUGGACUUGGGCAGAUAUUGUGGAGAAAUGGACAGGUUUAGCGUUAUAACAUCAGGAAACACAGCCUACGCUAGGUUCGUCUCCGACAACCUGACCACGGCACAAGGCUUCACCGUGUUCUGGGAUGCCAUUGACUGCACAAAUGAAUACACAAUGGCCAGUGGAAUGAUCAGCUCUCCGAGUUUUGGAGGUUUGUACCCUUCUAACACCAACUGUACCUAUAGAAUCACAUUACCAGCAGACAAGAAUGUCUUCCUGAAGUUUUCAGUAUUUGAACUAGAACAACAGGCAGUGGAGGACUCUGUGGAAACGCCAGGACGGGAUUGCGCCGACAGUCUGGAGAUAUAUGACUCUGGCAGACAAUUGGAAGCUUAUUGUGGCCUCAGAGAUCCCUUCAGCAUUAUGUCUACAUCUAAUAUGUUGUUUAUGACAUUUAUGACAAAUUUUCCUUUCAACCGUCAAGGAUUCAUGGCGGAAUAUGAAACUUCAGAUCCUGAAAUGAUAUAUACUGACUACAGUGGGAUGAUCACGCCUCCCCUGUUUCGAUUUAUGUAUGCACAUAACAUAAACAAGAAUUUCACCAUCGCCAGACCACAAAAUGAGCCCAUCUUCCUGACAGUGAUCAAUUUUGAAGUGCAGGAGGCGGUCAAUGGUACCUGUGUGGAUUAUAUCCAGAUAGGCUUUGACAGAACGUGUGGAGAACAAGACCCCAUGAUGUACCUCUUCUAUGGAUCUGUAUCAUUUAGCUUCGUAUCAGAUUUGUCCAUUUCCGGUGCUGGUUUUCAAGCCCAGUAUGACGUAUGCAAUACGACCAUCACUGACGAGUCUGGUAUGCUUCGCUCGCCUGGUUACCCUGCCGUGGUAUAUGAAAAUAUAACAUGUACCCGCACACUCCGACAAACAUAUCAACGGGUAUUCGUCAUCGACUUCACUGAUUUUCAACUCCCUCCCAAAGUCAAUGGAGCCUGUGAAAGCUAUGUCAUGAUAACUGACCUACAUACUGGGGUCAUUGGGAUCACGACAGAGGUCAAUGGCCAGAUGAUGAUGGAGACCAGACUUUGUGGAAAUCGAGGUCCUUUUAACGUCACAAUCAAAGCCAGGGAGAUCAGCAUCAUGUACAAGUCCCUAUUCUCAAGAAACACGUUUGGUUACAGCAUGAACUUCAACAUUUCCGAUAUACCAACGACUACAACUUCAACAACAACGCAAGGUCCUUCUCAAACAACGACUGUUGAAGAUGAUGGACCAGGGACAACACUCAACAAUUCUCUUAGUGUUCCAAUAAUUGUGGCCAUCAUCAUUAUCAGUGUUCUCCUGUUUAUAAUUGCUGUGAUUUGCAUCAUAAAAGCAAAGAGCUCACAGAAUAACACUGGAAGUUUAGAAAUGCUCGCGGUGCGCAGAACACGACAAUCGGCUGCCUUGUAUAACCCUGCAUACGAGUCAAACGACGAGUUGAACGGAGGAGAAUUCAAAUAAACCAUACAUUCGGAAGCUAUUGUAGCCUUGCGUUCUACCCAAAUUGUGAAAUUCCAGUGUUCAUAUUUGUUAAACUGUGAUAUGUCAUUACACUUCAUCACCGACCAUUUCAACAUCCGGUUGUUGCAUCCAUAGUAAACCUGACGACAUCAUAAAUACGUAUGGCAUUGCGGUGAAAGGAAAUGUAACGGCCAUAAUAUAAUCCAGAGUGAUUUACCUUUCCAGUGUUAUAGAUCCUUAUUUAUAAUAAUUUCCAUCAUAUCGUAAUCAAUUAUUAUGUAAGAUCACUUACUCUUUAAUCGGAUUGUGGUUAGAGUAUUGCUUGUAUGACAUCCUGAAUAUAGCCUCGUAGAAGGAGGUGCAGAUAUUUAGAGACAUUACAAAUCAAUGAUGUUGUAUAUACAUGUCAAUCUUGUCCUUAUGUAUGUG